CAGUGACGUUUUAAUUCUGCGUAUUUUGUUACUGAGAAAAAAAAAAUAUUUUUGUGGAAAAGUCGAGUUAAAGUGGCAGUCGAAAGCUUAAAACAAAGCACAAAUUACUGAUCGUUGUCGAAAUUUCAACAUUUAGGUGCAUUGAAAGCGUUCAAUUUUUAGACCAUACGUUGCUCUGACGAAAAACAUUUAUAAAAUUGCGUUUUUUUGUUGAGAAACGUCGAAAACUUUGGCAAAUGCCCAAGACCAUCAGGAAGUGAAGUUUUGAAAAUGGACGACAAUAUGGAAGUAGAAACCUCCCAGGAGCCAACCACAUCAAAUGAAAUUGUGUCUCAAUGGUUACAAUUGUUUGAAUCCGGGACAUUCGAUCCGGCUGUUCUAAACAAACAUUGGAUCAAAUGGGUGCCUGAGGUCUAUAGCCCAACUUUAGAUAAAAGCUGCCUUAGCUGGCAAUUUAAUGAGGAACUUGCUAAAGAGGUUCUUUUUGCUCCUAUAGAAAAGUUCAUCUGCAAAGAAGACCCGGAGGAAGUACUCAACGGCCUAAAACUACAACAAAAUAAAGCGACACUCUGCGGCCGAUAUUUCAAACACGGAGAGCCGACUUACUCCUGUAGAGAAUGCGGCAUGGAUAAAACCUGCGUCUUAUGCGUGGAAUGUUUCAAAAACUCCACCCAUAGGUUUCACAAGUAUCGCAUGGGAAUCUCCGGGGGUGGAGGAUGUUGCGACUGCGGAGACGUGGAGGCGUGGAAGAAAGACGCGUUUUGCACUUUGCACGAGGCAAAACCCGAAGAUACCGAAGAGGACAAGGAGAAACUCCCGGCCGAUAUUGCCGCUAGGACUUACGAACUUUUCAACAAUAUCCUGUGGUACGCAUACUACCGUUUGACUGGAGAUGAAAUUAACGACAGUCGAAAUCAGAUGUUUCGCGAAAUGUCAGAGGAUAUGUUUGCACUGGAUAGUUAUUGUACUAUCUUGUAUAAUGACGAAGUGCAUACUUUCGAUCAGGUCAUUCAAACUCUUGAACGAGUGUUAAAGUGUAAUCAACGUAGCUCCACGGAAUAUGUCACUAGUAUUGAUAGGGAGGGACGAUCUGUGGUGAAAUGUUCAUCGAAUCAGGCUUGUGUUGAAAUGAAGCGGGAAAUCGAAAAACAUACCUCCCGCCAUGGAAACAAACCACUUCGGGUAAAAGUUACCCAUGCUCACAUUAUUGCCCAUCAAAUAUUCGCUUUAAAACUUCUAUCUUGGUUGGAGAAGUUUUUAACUAAUGGAAAAGGCUUUAGGUUAAUAUUCAGUGAAGUCAUGUUAAAAAAGCACGAAAAGAAACCGAACCUUCUAACGGAAAUCAUGGUAAACGACUCAUCUUUAUGGAAAAGUGCUAGGACUCAGUGGCAUAGAUUAAUAAUCGCCGGUAUGCUUUCAGAAUAUGAAAAUAAGAAGGCGCUUGCCAAAGUCUUUACCAAGAAUUAUACACGGAUAAUGCAGGACUUUAUCCGAGACGACCAUGAACAUUCCUUCUCAAUCACAUCCUUAUCUGUCCAACUCUAUACGGUGCCAACGAUCGCGCAACAUCUUAUAGCAAACGAUGACGUUUUAUACAUUAUCCUACAUACGAUAAUAUCGGAAUAUCGCGUGAAAUGUAACAAAGAUGGUAAAUUGGAAUUCGAGCGGAACCCGGGCUAUCAUUCGCUAAAACGAACCCUGUUCAUGCUUUACGACUUAAAAUACCUUCUGACAUUUCCACCAGACGCUUGGACUGAUGAUUUAAAGAAAAGUUUUCUGCAUGGAUUUGCCGUGAUGGUCAAUUUGCUUGUUAUGAUGCAGGGAAUGGAUUCUGUAACGCGACAGGUGGGCCAGCACAUGGAAUUCGAGCCCGAAUGGGAAUCCGGGUUCAACCUACACAUAAAACUCUCCUACUGCUUGUCCCAUAUUAUAGAAUGGUGUGCCACCGACAAAGUCGUGCUGGUUAAAUCGUACCGUUUACUUUUACGUAGCCUCGAAGAAAACCCCUGCUACGAUCCAAACGAGACCGAAGUUCGAGAAUUAGCAGAUCACAGUUGCACCUGCCUUCACUACGACGUAGCGUCCAAACCGGUAUCCAUUCAUCUGCCGUUGACGAGACUUUUGGCGGCGUUACACCUGCACUUGGAGAAAUACGAUUUGAACUUUGACAGUCCUGAGUUACAAAUGGCCCGGCCCAAUCCGGUGCGCAUUAUGGAACCCGUUCUACGGGCCCAAGUGAUGAUCGCUCAAGUCCAUUCGGGCAUGUGGAGGAGAAACGGUUACGCGUUGCUCAAUACACUUUUCUUUUAUCAUAACGUAAAGUGUCGCACUGAAAUGCUGGAUCGAGAUGUUAGUUUAUUGCAGUUUGCCGCAUCAUUGAUCGAGAGCAAUGAGUUUUUGAUACAUGUGCUCAACAGGUUUAACUUGAUGAAUUGGGCGUUGCCGGACUUUGAAAUCAAUACGCUCAAGUCACCGGAGGAGGACAGUAUGCGCCAGACCAUCAGUUUGGUGGAGGAGUUUUUGCAUCUGGUGAUCGUUAUAGUCGGAGAACGUCAUAUGCCAGGUGUUAGUAACGUCACCACUAAGGAUAGAAUUAAGAAAGAUUUAUUGCAUGCCUUGUGCAUUAAGCCAGUGCCGCAUUCGGAACUUAUAAAAAGUGUGUCCGACGAUUUGGAAAUCGAAGAUGGGAUCGUGGAUGAUGUGAUUCAAGAAAUUGCCAAGUUUAACGAGCCCUUGAGGUCUAGUAAUUCAAAAGGUACUUAUGAACUUCUUCCUCAAUUUUACGAUGAGUUUAACGUGUUUUUCUACCACUAUACCCGGGAGGAAAUGUCGAAAGCGGAAGAAGCUCAACGUAAACGUCGCAAACAGCAGGGACAUAUCGAAUGUUGUCCCCCGCCUCAACUACCGAAAUUGUGCGAGUCCUUCUCAUUGUUGGCCAACCUUUUGCAGUGCGACGUUAUGAUGCUCGUUAUGCAAACGGUCUUGGAACGAUGUCAUAAUCUUCGGGCGCGUAGUUUUUCGGAAAGUCAACUGCAUAAAGUGCUACAUCUGAUUGGUUACGCACUGCAAGAAGAAGAAUCCGGUAACUAUCCAUUCUUCAAGUUUGUCGAGAACGCCAGUAAAUUCAGGAUUUUCGAAUUAUUGGAAGAACUAUUAAGAUCUUGUCCCAGGGUGGACGCGCAUAAGGGCCUUUUACAAUGGACACUCAACAAAUACCAGCAAAUUACCAAGAAGGAACUCAAUAAUCCGGAAGUCUUGCAAAAAACUGAUUCCGUGGAAAACACAGACCUAUCGGAGAAGGAACGUAGGGCCAAACUGGCGGCAGAAAAACGCGCGAAAAUAAUGGCCCAAAUGGCCGCACAACAAAAAAGUUUCCUGAAAGAAAACGCCAAACACUUCGAGUCCAGCAGUAUGGACUUUCAGUCGGGGCAAACUAGCGAAAGUAGCAACGAGAUGGAAGUCGGCGAAAUACAAAUACAACCGAUAGCGUUGGGUCCCAAUCAAUCGGCCCGUAUAUCAGUAGAAACGACCAACAGAUGCAUCCUUUGCCAGGAAGAAGAACGGAUAACUCUCUCUAAUCGCACCAUGGUUUUAGCAGCAUUCAUACAACAGGCCACGGUUUUACACAAAGCAACACAGGACAUGCCCACCGAUAACUUUUUGUUUCUUAACGCGAACCUUAGUCCAGCGCCUCAUGCCAGUACAUGUGGCCAUGUAAUGCACAGCGAUUGUUGGAGAAAGUUCUUCGACAAUGUUAUGAUUAGGGAACACAGAAGGCCAUACCGACUACGGCACCCGUCUAGUUUCGAUGUGGACAAGCAAGAGUUUUUGUGCCCGUUAUGCGAAUGUCUCAGCAAUACCGUUAUACCGGUACUACCGUCCUUAAGUAAACUGCAGCCGAGCGAGCCAGUGAGUCAUCUUUCUUUUCAAGAUUAUCUAUUGGCUCUAAAGUACUUGAUGACUAAGAAAGUUAAAGUUUGUCACGGCAUACUCAAAUGCGACUUCGACGAGUGCACUAACAAUCAUUGUACUGCGUGUAUCACGUCGAUGGGACAAGACUCGAUGGACGAAUGUGAAAUGAACUGCACCCUGCAACCGUAUCAGUUAUUUUACUCUCUACCAGUUGACGCCUUCGAUCCGGAAAUUUCAACAUUCGCCGCACACUUUAAAGAGUCUAACAUUAAGCUGAGUCCGAAUUUACAGGAAAUGGUGCAAGUUUUUACCCAAGUCACCCUUACUAGGGGUUUUAACGUACCGCCGCACCCAUCUGAUAAAAGACUAUUGCCCAUGGCGUGGACUUCUUUGGCAUAUACGAUUCAUUCUAUCGAAACAGUUACCAGCUACCAAGGAAAACCUUUAUUGGGAGCAUUAUCAAGCAGACAGCGCGAUUCAUUAUCCAAUUUGGUCAAAGUUGUCGCGGUAUUAGGUAGCGCCAAUAAUAAAAAUGAACUAACCAAACACUAUGCCCUAAACUUGCUUAGUAUUCUUUUUGAUCACGUGGAAGAAGACGCGUCGAUAGUGGAUUUCGAUCCUUUUAGUUUUCUGGUUGCGCUUACUUUUGCCUUACCAAGUCUUUUAGUUGAAGAAUGCUCGUCAAUACCCACGGGUAGUACCUUGGAAUGGCAUUCUUUAAGAUUUAUAUUUUUAGUUAACAUAGUUAGAGUACUACUAGGACUUCAAAUAAGUGAAUAUAUUAAAUCGGAAGAGGAGCCCUGCGAUGAAACUCUUUUAAGGGUAUUAAUGGCUGUAAACAUAAAAGAACCCAACGUAUCUACAAGUAAAGUGUGGGAAACAGUAAAGGAACAAUCAAAACCGUUCUUAAGGUGCUGCGUACUAUUUUACCACUAUUUAACGGAAGUUCCUGCCCCGACAUGCCUCCAAGAGGUCGACGGCGAUACUUUCGAAAACAUUUGUGCAUAUUUAGAUCUGCCAACUAGUCCACAAGAACUGUUCGAUAAUGGAAUAGUAUUCGAUCUGAUUCAAUUAUGGGUCAGCCAUCAGGAGGUCCGCAAUUACGUUGAAAAAGUUAAAAAUAAUACGCUGACCGAGAUGCAUGGCCCCCCAAGACUGAUAGAACUACCGGACGACUAUAGUGAGCUCAUUAACUCGGCAUCGACGUUCGUUUGUCCGAAUAACGAGGAGGAAUGUCGUAACCCCGCCAUGUGUCUUGUGUGCGGAAAAUUGUUGUGCUCUCAAAGUUACUGCUGCCAAACCGAAUAUAACAAAAUGGCCGUGGGUGCAUGUAACAGUCACGCCAUGACCUGUGGGGCUGGAGUAGGAAUGUACUUGAGGGUCAGAGAUUGUGAAUUACUCCUUCUUGCGACUCCUAAAAGGGGCUGUUUCAUGUCUGCCCCGUAUUUAGACGAACACGGUGAAACUGAUCAGGGUCUGCGCAGAGGAAAUCCCUUAAAAUUAAACCGAGAACGGUACGAAAAGUUGCAAAUGAUGUGGCUGAAUCACAGUAUACACGAAGAGAUCGCUAGACAGAUCGAAACGAAUAGCCAUAUUGUAUCUACACAAUGGAACAUGUUGUAAAUCAAUAUUUUAUAGAUAUGUUGGGAAAAAUUUAUUUGUACUUUUACUUAGCAUAUUAAAACUUUACUUAAAAGUUAAAUUACCGUUUAUGUGAUCGUUGCUAUAGCCUUAAUACCAAGGGUAGCACCAAACACGAACCAAGUCAUCACCAGUGCAUCUCAGGCGAUUAGUGUUUUUUCUCGAGGUGAACAAUUCGUAUUUGCAUUGACUUAAUACAUAAUUUACUAGUUGUUACAAAAGAGAUUUUAGUCUUGUACAUAUAUAAACGAAAUAUAACAUUUUAUUCAA